AUGUCCAAAUUCAAGAAUCUAUUUAGGCGGCACGGCGAUAAGGAUGCAAAAGCGCCCCGGCCUACUAUAUCUGCCCCAAUUAUAUCUGCCCCGGCUGGUUCCGCCCCGUUUGUUUCCGCCCCGGCUGUGCCAGCCCCUUUUGGUCCUGCGUUUGAUGCAGAAAGAGUGCCAGAUGAACAGUCGAAAGACCCGUUUUUUGAUUCAGAUUAUGUCUUCAGGUUGACCAGUUGCAACUUCACACCGUUUAUUCAGAGAAAGGAUAUCGCUCUGGUGAUGUUCUACGGCGAUGAAAGUGAUCACCAGGCUGUGUGGGCCAAAUUACAAAUAAAUAUGGCAUCUGAGGCGUCAAAGAGAGAGAACCAUGGUUAUGCGGCCGUCAACUGCAAUACUGAUUCCGAAUUGUGCGCGUCUGAGCGUGUCUGCAAAACACCCAUGUACAAAGUCUACUCACGGGGCAACGUACUCAGCUCCAUCCAAGAAAUCAGCUCUUUGCAAGCAAGUGAAAUUAAGAUGCUGGUAGAAAAAGCACCAGUCUUGCUGACCCCAAGACGUGCAGUUCCGUUUUCCUGA